AUGUUUAAUAACUAUCGCAAUCAAAGCUCGCCAGAAAAUGAUAUUAAUAUACUAUUAUUAGGUGAAACUGGUGUUGGUAAAACAACAUUUAUUAAUGCAUUUAUUAAUUGUCUAUAUUAUAAUACUCUUGAUGAUGCAUUAAAUGGUGAAUUAAAAGUAAUAAUUCCUUCGUCAUUUACAGUAACAGAAAGUGAAUCAUUUAAUAGUACAAAUAUUGUUAUUGGAACACCAGAUAAUAAUGAAAAUUUCGAGACUGACGGAGAAUCAUCAACUCAAUCAUGUCGAAGUUAUAGUUUUCGUAUAGGAAAUCGUUUAGUACGUCUUAUUGAUGGGCCAGGUGUUGGUGAUACACGUGGUGUAGAUCAUGAAGCAAGAAAUUUUGAACAUAUUCUGCGUUAUAUAAAUCAAUAUGAACAUUUAAAUGGAAUAUGUAUUCUUUUGAAACCUGAAGUAACACGAUUAAAUAUUUAUUUUCGUUAUUGUAUUAAAGAAUUAUUACGUCAUUUACACGUAAAUGCAAAAGAUAAUAUUAUGUUUAUAUUUACAAAUAGUCGAACAACAUUCUAUCGACCCGGUUCAACUACUACUAUAUUAAAAACUCUUCUAAAAGAUCUUCAUGAGAAAACUGGUGUUGAAGUACCAUUUCAUAGACAAAAUACAUUUAUGUUUGAUAGUGAAUCAUUUCGUUUUUUAGCUGUUUGUAAACAUGGAUUAACUUUUUUAAAUCAAUAUAAAGACAAUUAUAGUGAAAGUUGGAGUAAAUCUGUUGAUGAAUAUAUUCGUCUUAUUACUUGUAUAUUUCAAUGUGAUCUUCAUGCUGUACAAGAUACACAAUCAUUGAAUGAAGCUCAAAUAUUAAUUCAUAAACUUUCACGACCAAUUGGUGAAAUUGCUACACUUAUUCAAGAAAAUAUUUUAAUGGCUAAACAAUAUAAAGAAAAAAUUUUAAACAAUCAAACAAAUCAAAUUUCAAAUAAAAUACCACAAAAAACUGGUAAAUUUAUUCCACUUCGUCAACGACUUACUGUUUGUGUCAGUACAAAAUGUACUGAAAUUAUUCAAGUUAAUGGUGAACAAAGAAUUAAUUAUAGUAGUAAUUGUCAUGUUGGUUGUUCAUUACAUCGAGUAGUACAAGAAUGUAUUGGUCAUCCAAUUAUUAAAGGAUGUCGAGCGCUUAAAAAAACAGGUUUAUGUCGUGAGUGUGGAUGUGAUUGGACAAAACAUAUGCAUAUAACAUAUAGAUAUGAAAGAAAUUUAGAAUAUAUUAAUAUAAAUAAUUCUGAUUUAUCAACAACACCUCAAUCAAUUAUAACAUUAAUUGAUAAACGAAUAUCUGAUUUACGAAAUGAAGAAAAAGAAAUACGACAUAUAUGUGUUAAACUAUCACAAUUUUUAAAAGCAUAUUCAAUUACACCAUUUAAUGAUGAUAUGAUUGAAUAUCUUCGUCAUUAUAUUAAUGAAGAACGACAAAAACAAAUGGCUGGUACUGAUAAUACAGAAAUUAUUCGUGGUCUUGAACAAAUGAUGAAAGAUUAUACAGACGAAAUGAAUUUAUAUACGAACAGUAUUUCAGUACAAUAUAAAUCAAUAUCAGAAGAUAAUUUUGAUAAUACAACAAAUAUAAAUGAAAUUUAUAAUUUGGUACAAAAACUUUAUGAUUUACCUAUCAAUGGUAAACUUAUUCAAGAACAAGUAACGAAAAUGAAUCAAGGUCGAGCACAAGCAGCGACAACUGAUGAGCGUUAUAUUGAAUUACCAAUAGGCUAUAAUUCUCCACAAAUUCUUGAAAAUUUAAAGAAAAUUGUUACUCAAAAAAAAAGAUAA